GUGAAAAUGACUCUACAGAACAGUGCCUUCAAUUAGUGAACCCUACGGUGACGUCUGACGGAAGUUACACAGCUGGCUAUGGGAAGAACCGCGAAUCGGUCACGUUUCCUGUCCAAUCAGCUGCCCCCAGCCCCUCGAAUCGAGCGAUAGUCCCCUUCCCCGAUGGCGGGGUAACCCGGGAGGAUAUGUAGUUUCAGAUCCUGCCGGUCUUGGAUGGCUCCAGUAAUUCAAUCAGUCCAUCACCGAUGUCCACCCUCAUCUUCGUCUAAUGGCCCGUCAAACUCACCAACACCACGGCGGUGCCUUGGCAAAAUGACAUUCUAGAACCCGGUCGAAGAGAUAGAAGGCUCAGUUGGCUCGGAGCGAAGGGUUGUGGAGAUUCGGGACAACCGAAUGCUAAAACCUUAGUGCCUGGAGGCGGCUGUCCAGACAACGAUCGAUGAUAAAAGAUGCUCGAUUCGGCGAGAGGAUCGCACAGGGUCCGGUGGUGGUGGCGAGGAGUACUUCUGGGUUCGGUACUCUGGCUGACGACGUUUGCCGAGGGCUGUCCAUCGAUGUGCGUCUGCAAGUGGAAGGGUGGCAAGGAAUGGGUCGAGUGCGCAAAACGCGGUUUGAUCGGUCUGCCGCAAGGUGCCGGCGAGGAAACGCAGGUACUGGACCUGGCGGAUAACCACCUGGUGAGCCUACCACCGCAAUGCUUCCACGCGUUGGGAUUGACCAACCUGCAGAAACUGUACCUGUCGAGGUCAAAGAUUAGCCAUCUAGCCGAAACGGCGUUCAUGGGACUGACGGGUCUGGUGGAGCUAGACCUCUCUGGGAACCAGAUCGGUCAGGUACCCUCGGAGACCUUUCCAUCGUAUGCGGGCCUCAUGCGUCUCAUCCUGAACGGGAACCCGAUCAGGGAGGUACGUCGUAAGGCCUUCCACCCCCUGGUGCACCUUACGGUACUAGAGAUGAGCGAAUGUCGGCUCGAGUCUGUCGAGCAGAACGCCUUCUUUGGACUCGGUGCCCUUGAGUGGCUCAGGCUGGACGGAAACCGGCUCACUCAUGUCCCUGAGAUGACGCUUCCACUCGGCGGAAGCCUUCGUGGACUCACCCUGCACAACAACCCAUGGAUGUGCGACUGCAAGCUCCGGCCCAUGCAAGCCUGGCUGCAGGAGUCCGCGCCAGCCGCUCCCCAGGAGGCUGAACCAACCUGCGAGGCCCCAACGAGGCUACAUGGGAAGCAGAUCAAGACUGUUAAGGUCAACGACCUCGCAUGCCUGCCGAAAGUCGAUGUCAAGGAACAGGUCGAGGUGUACGAGGGUGUUAACCUCACUUUACGCUGCGAUGUGCACGCUGUUCCAUCCGCCAAGGUCACGUGGUGGUUCAACGGCGUGCCUUACGAACCCCAGAAUGAGAACGACACCUACGCUGCUUCCGCUCCAGCGCUUACUAGGUACUACUACAGAGAGCGUGGUCACACGAACAAAAGCAACACCCUACACCUCCAGGGAGUAGAACAAUCGGACGAAGGAACGUUCACCUGCGUGGCGGAGAACAGCGCUGGUUCAGCGGAGGCCAACCUCUCGCUGCGCGUGCUGAUGCGCGAGCGAGGAACAAUCGAGCCACCAUUCGACCAGCCUAGCACAGGCUACGUAGCGGCGGUGGCGGCAGGAGCGCUGAUUGGCACGCUGUUCGCGCUGGGCUGCGUGAUCGGCAGCGUGCUGUUCUGCACGAAGCGUCGGCAGGACCGCAAGCGGAGCGCAAAGUCGCUGGUAGCGCAGGGCGGCAAGGGCAUUACGCCGGUGGUAAAGGAGAGCGCGACCCUACCGCGCAAGGAGCUGAAUUUCGAGCGGCAACAGCAGGCUCUGUACGGCGAGCGGGAGCUGAGCGGCAGGAGCGGAACGCUGGAACGACGCGAACCAGUGGAAGGGGCGUACCGCAGUCCCACGGCAAAGUACCUGACGGAGCCUGACUUGAUAAACGAGGUGCCGGAGGCGACGGAGGGUUACGGCAUCUACCAGCAGCAGCGUGGCGAGCGCCAGCUGCUCGAAUACGACCCGCGGUACUGCCUGCAGCCUGAACUGCCGCAGAUCGGAUACCUCGGCACCGACGGAUACCCCGUCGACUUUGGCCUGCCGAAAAUAUCCUUCGCCAGCACACUGCCUCGCCGCCUCCAUCCCCCUCAGGGAUCCGCCGCUGCCCCCCAGGCGCGCUACUCGAGGGAAGCCGAGUUCCUCGCCAGGUCGACGCCUUACGACGCUGUUGCCCCGAGGAGCGACGCCCGCUACACCGCCGAGGGCUAUCCCUACCCACCUCACCCGCCACUCAAGCAGCUGCAGAUCCCUGCCUCACCGACUGCUCCGGCUGUCCUGCCGGACGUCCCGUUCAUACCUUCGCCACCGGCCGCCUAUCGCGGAGAACCAACGCCUAUGUCGCCCAGAUCGCUUCUUGGCAAGACCGCUAGGGAAGCCGCUGCUGCUGUUGCCGCCAGAGCAGAGGGCGCUCAUCGCGCACCUGAACACUCGGAAAGCCCCGACGAGGGAUACGUCGGGGAAACAAUGGACGUCUGAAACGCCGAGGGAACGACGGAACGGAACGGAAACGGAACGGAGCUGAUUGUAAAACGUUGAGUGGAUCGCGACACUCUGCAAUAAAUGAUAAUCGUUUGUGUAAACGUGUCAUGUUGAAGGAGUACGGUGUGAAUAAUAUCAUCGAUAAUCAACUUUAUAUACAUAUACAUAUAUAUAUAUAUAAUUGAUUUUGAAAAAAUAAAUGAAAAAGGGGAUUUCUCUGGUGUAUUUUACAGUGAAAAAAAAAAAAAAAAAAAUCGUGUUAACAAAAACGCGCACCCUUGAAUAGUGUAUAUUGCAAUGAAAACGUAAUUUAUAAACUGUGUAGGUAUAAAUACAUGUAAACAUAUGAGACAAAAGAUUUAGAUUUAUGGAAUUGGACGUUCAAUGCUCAGUAUAUUUUGUAAUAAUUAUCAUUCAAAACAUCGGUGAAUUUUGAAGAAGGAACGAUUAUCAGUCGCGUGUGUAAUUUUUUUUUUUUCAUUUUCUUUUAAUCACUGAGAAACAAAUUUAUUUCUCGGUUAAAUUGCAAUCUCCUUUUACACCGUGUUCGUGUUAAAAAAAAAAGUGUUAAUCCCAUCAGACAAUGAGUGAUGAAUAUUAUGCUCAAGACAAUUAGUAAAUUAGUAAUCUUAUAUUAUAGCAAAUCACUUCGAUGAGUGUAUCUGUACGAA